UGAUAGCAUAAGAUUCUAUAGUAAGUUAGAGAUACUAAAUUGUUCAUAAUUCAUUAGAGAAUAAUUCACUAGAGAAUAAUUCAGUAAAUAUACUAUGGAUUUUGCUGGAAUUCCUCGAGGCUCUAUUCGAGCUGAAUCAUUAAAGAAAUUAGCUAAAUUAUCAGUUCAAGUUGAAAGUAAUAAUGAUAAUAAAUUACCAAUUGAUGAAUCUAAUGAAGAUUUUAAUAAUAUCUUAUUAUUGGCUCAUAAAGAAGAUGAUACUGUUGAUAAAGAUUUAGCAGUAGGAUCAAUUUCUGUUAAAGAAUAUGAAGUAUUACUUGCAUUAUGUGAAUCAACUAAUCAAUUAAAAUAUGCUAAUCAUGGUAAAUUAUUAAUUAAAAAAUUUAGAGCUUAUCUUUUAGAUUUACAACAUCAAAAAUUUAGUUAUUCAAUUGCAAUUAGAUCAACUUCAAUAUCUCCAUGGGAAAAUCUUGCCGAACAUUUAACAAGUGGUUUAUGUAAUAUUGCUAAGAAAUUUAAUAGAUAUUUUCAAGAUGAUGUAAUUGAAGUAUUUAGAGAAUUUACUGAGAAAUUCUUUAGUAAACCAUUUGAUGAAAGAGAAUUAACUGAUUUUUUUACAAUCUUAGGAUAUAUUGAAGGAUUAAUUAAACAUUCAGAAAUUUUAAUUCAAUCUUCAAAUGCAUUUAAAUUAUUUACAUCAUUAGAUAGUUGUAUUGAAAAUGUUGAAUUUUUAAAUGAUAUUGAAUAUUAUUCAAAUGCAAUUCAUAAAGAAGAUAAUGAUUAUAUGGAUCUUUUGGAUAAUAAAUAUAUGAUUAAUUUUUCUCCAAUUCAUUAUGUUGAAAGAGUUAGUCAUUUAAUGGCAUCAAUUUUAAAUUCAAUUAUUGGUAAUAAAGAUAAACCUUUAUUAAAUUAUAUUUUAGAUAAAGUUUCUACUAAAUAUCAAGAAAGUGAUACUGAAGUUCCUGAUGAUAUUACUUUAACAAAAGAAAAUUUAGAUAUAUCUCCAAAUCAUAUGGAAUUUAUUAAAAUUUUAGCAAAUAAUGCUAUUACAAAAAUGGAAUUUUUAGAUAGAGGAGAAACUUAUAUUGUUUAUUCAAGUUAUGAAAGAUUAAGAUAUGGUUAUUUAUCCAAAUCUCAUUGUAUUCAAGUAUUAAGUUGUGGAAUGUUUACUGAUGUGGUUGAUAUUAAUAUUGCAAAAAAAUUCUUUAAAAGUUGUUUACAAAUAAAGCAAAUUAUGUUAGAUCCUGAAUUAGGAUUAAGUGUACUUCAAUUAGGUUCAUUAUUAGUAUUUAAAGAUGAUAAAGUUGGUCCAUCAUUAACUAGAGGUUUUACUUCAUUAAUUGCCAAUCCAAGAGUUAAAUCAGAUUAUAGUAUUGAAGCAUCAAAAUGUGUUGGAUUAGCUUCAAAAGUAUUAUCUCAAGAUUCAAUUGUUACAACCAUUUAUGCUUUAACAAAUUUAGUAUUUGUUGGUAAUGAUGGUUUACAAUUACAAUCAAGAAAUUCUAUUAGAAAACUUGGACCUCCAUUACAAUUAAAAAAUGGUAAUACUAAUGGUAAUACUAAUGGUAAUGGUAAUGGUAAUGAUUAUUUAUCAGUUUCUAGAAGAACUUCAAUUUCUUCAUUUGCAAUAAAUGGUAGUAAAUCAAAUCUUUCUAUAAGAAGUGUGGCAGGAGAAUAUGAUGAAAAUGAUUAUAAUAAAGUUUGUCAAAAUGCUAUUUCUGCAGUUAUUGAAAUUGCUCAAGCAUGUAAUGAUGAAACUAUUCCAACUUUAGCAGUAACUAUAUUAUCCCAAAAGAUUACUAAAGUUGAUUCACCCAUUGGAGAUCUUUUAUUAAAGGGAUUAAUUUCUUGUGCACCAUUUUUACCCGAACGAGAAUUUAUUAUUUUACUGAGAUUAUUAGAUAGAUUAUCAUUAGAAGCUUUAGAAAAGAAGAAUAAUCAUUUAUUAACUAAUUUAACUCAAGCUCGAGUUUCUUUAUCUCGGAAAUUAACUUCUGAAAACCCCUUAUUUAAAGUAUAUUUACAUGAUAUUUUACAAGCCAUUAUAUCUCGAGGUGAUGUUCAAGUAUUAGAUCAUCAUAGAUCUCAUAAUGAAAUUAGUGAAAUUGGUGAUCAAAUUGCUAUAUAUUUAAAACCAUUAGCAGAAUUAUUACCAGAUGUAAAUAAAUCUCAAAAACCUUUAGAAAUUCUUGAUACAGAAACCAUUAAUUUAUUUAGAAAUAUUUGGUUUAAUAUGGUUGUUCAUGGAUAUUCAAUGAAUUCUUCAACUUCUAAACUUUAUAUGAAAGAAUUAGAAAGAAUUGCUUAUAAUUCUCCUCCAUUAGCAUCGGAAUUAUCAUGGGAUAGAACUGAAACAACUUUAGAAUUAAAUACUGUAUUAAGAAGAGGUUCAUCUAAUAGUAAUGUUAAAGAUCAUCGACAUAUUAUUGGAGAUAUUUUUGAAGUUCAUAGAACUAUGUCUUAUCAAAAAUUAAUGUUUUUAGCAGCCACCGUAUUUGUUGAAUCACUUCGAGUUAAAUCUGGUGAUAGUUCAACUAUUUUAUAUUAUUAUUCUGAUCCAUCAAUUAAAACGAGUGGAAUUGAAAAAUAUAUUGGAUAUAUUGCAUUUAAAAUUGUUCGAGAUUAUAUAUUUUUAAUUAAUAAUGGUGCUAAUAAACAAUUUAGUGCCGAUAAUAUAUCGGAACAAUUAACUAAAAUGUUAGCAUUAUGUUGUCAUAGAUUAGAAGAUCUUCAAGAUGCAGCCAUUCAAUGUUGUGAUUUAUUAAUUAAUAAAGUUCCAUCAUCUUUAUGUCAUGGGAAAAGUUUAUUUGCAUUAUUUGAUUUAUUAACUUUAUUAUUUGAUAGUGUAGUUGAUGCCGAAACUAAUCAAUAUGAACCAACAACUUCAUAUCGAGCCGUUAAAACUGGUAUUAAAUUAUUAUUAAGUGAUUCAUAUACUUGGAGAGAUGAAACAUUUAAAAGAUUUAGUGAAAAAUCAAGACAUUGGGUUAGAUUAAUUUUAUUUAAAAGUAAUGUUGAUACUAAAAGUUUAAUUCAAACUUAUGUAACUGAUUUAGAUGGAAAUCAAUCAAUUAGAAAAGUGAAUUAUGGAGUUUCAUUUGCUUUAGAAAUGGCAGGAACAGUAUUAAGUAAUGAACGAGAAUUAUCAACCCUUUCUCGAGUUCCAAUUAAAACCAUUAGUACUUUACCAUCAUUUGUUUAUCAAUUAAGUUGGAGAAGUACAUUUGUAAGUGAUUUAAGAGAUAAAUCAAAUGAAACUACCAAUAAUUUAUCAUCAAUUAGAGAUCGAGUUAAACAAUUUAAAUUAAAUUUAUUAGAUAAAACUUAUCAUGCAAAUCCUGAAGAUUAUACAAAAUUAUUAACUGAUAUUGCGGGAUUUACUUUACUUCAUGAAGAUAGUGUUGCCGAAACUUUAAGAUAUUUAGUUGAAAUUCCAUUUAUAAUUUUUGAUAGUAGUAUUAUGAAAUUUGCUACUGGAAUUUGGUUUACUGUUACUAAAGAUAGACCUAAUUUAUCAGUAUUAUUAUUAAGUGAAAUUGCUAAACGAUGGGAAACUUCAAUUGAAUUGAAAAAGGGAGUAUUUUCAACUAUUCAUGAUAUUGAAAAUCCCGAAUUUUCUAAAAUGGAAUAUUCUCCCAGUGAUAGAAAAACCGUUAAUAAAUUAUCUCAAGUUACUGAAAAAUCCUUUGAAAUUCAUUAUCAUUUAAUUAAAUUAUUUGCAUCUAAUUUUGAAGCCACUAUGAAUCAAAGUGAUCAUUUAUUAAAGAUGUUUACUAGAUUUAUUGAAGUGGGAUUAAUUAAUUUAAAGACUGCUAGUUUACAUCCAUAUUCUCGAUUUAUUAGAUUUGAAUUAAUUAAAUUCUCCUUUGAUGUAUUAAGUUAUCAUAAUAAAUUAGGAUCUAGAAGUAAACUUUACUUAACGGAAUUAAUCUUUGAUGGUUCAUUAAGUUGGUUUAGAGCUCGAGCCAAUUAUCCUUAUGGAGCUAAUUUAUUAAAGAUUAAAGGAGAUUUUGGUUUAUUAAAGGAUGUAGCAAAAUUAGUUAGUCAAGCUCCAACUUAUAAAUCAGAUGUUUUAUCUUAUAAAAAGAGUAUAUUAUUAUACUUUUUAGAUGAUGAAAUUUCCAAGAUUUCUGUUUGGUUAGAUCCAUUAAAUCCCAAUGAAAGUAAAGGAUCAUUUAUUGGAAGUCAAUCACAAAUUUCUUCAAAUAUUUUAACUAAAAGUUAUAAUAUUGAUCCAAUUUUAGCCGUAAAUUUAGCACUUCGAUAUAAAAUUAAAAAUUUAGAUGAUACUUUACAAACUUUAAUUGCUAAUAAUACUUUACCAGCAGUUUAUUAUCCAGAUGCUGUUCAAUAUUAUAUUGGAAUUAAUGCUGAAUCAAAUUUACAACCUCAUUAUCAUUUAUUAUUUUGGGAACCCUUAGCACCAAUUGAUUGUAUUACAUUAUUUUUACCACCAUUUGGUAAUAAUCCUUAUGUUUUACAAUAUACUAUGAGAUCUUUAGAAAGUCAUGAUGUUAAUUUAACAUUUUUUUAUGUACCACAAAUUGUUCAAGGUUUAAGAUAUGAUGCUAAAGGUUAUGUUGAAAGAUUUAUUUUAGCAACUGCUAAAGUUUCUCAAUUAUUUGCUCAUCAAAUUAUUUGGAAUAUGUUAGCUAAUAGUUAUAAAGAUGAUGAAAGUCAAGAACCUGAUUCAAUUAAACCAAUCUUAGAUAGAGUUCAACAAGAAAUUACUUCUGGAUUUAAUGAAAGAGAUCUUAAAUUUUAUGAACGAGAAUUUGAAUUCUUUUCUGAAGUUACAUCAAUUUCUGGUAAAUUAAAACCAUAUAUUAAGAAAUCUAAAGCAGAAAAGAAGGAAAAGAUUGAUGAAGAAAUGUUUAAAAUUAAAGUUAAACCAGGAGUUUAUUUACCUAGUAAUCCUGAUGGAAUUGUUAUUGAUAUUAAUAGAAAAUCUGGUAAACCAUUACAAUCUCAUGCUAAAGCUCCAUUUAUGGCAACAUUUAAAAUUAAAAAGGAAAUUUAUGAUAUUGAUGAAUUUGGAGAAAAAACAGUUAUACCAAUUGAAAAAUGGCAAAGUGCAAUUUUUAAAGUUGGAGAUGAUUGUCGUCAAGAUGUUUUAGCAUUACAAUUAAUUUCAGUAUUUAGAACUAUUUGGACAAAUGCUGGAAUUGAUCUUUAUGUAUAUCCUAAUCGAGUUACUGCCACUGCCCCAGGAUGUGGAGUUAUUGAUGUAUUACCAAAUUCAACCAGUAGAGAUAUGUUAGGUAGAGAAGCAGUUAAUGGAUUAUAUGAAUAUUUUACAUCUAAAUUUGGACCAGAAAAUUCUAUUGAAUUUCAACAAGCUAGAAAUAAUUUAAUUAAAUCUUUAGCAGCUUAUUCAAUUAUUUCAUAUAUUUUACAAUUUAAAGAUCGUCAUAAUGGGAAUAUUAUGUAUGAUGAUCAAGGACAUAUUUUACAUAUUGAUUUUGGAUUUUGUUUUGAUAUUGUACCAGGAGGAGUUAAAUUUGAAGUUGCACCAUUUAAAUUAACUCAUGAAAUGAUUAUGGUACUUGGAGGUAGAGAUGAUACUCAAGCAUUUAAAUGGUUUGAAGAAUUAUGUGUUAAAGGUUAUUUAGCUUGUCGUCCAUAUAUGGAAACCAUUGUUAGAUGUGUUAAUCCAAUGUUAGAUAGUGGAUUACCAUGUUUUAAAGAUAGUACCAUUAAAAAAUUAAGACAAAGAUUUGUUCCUAGUAAGAGUGAUAAAGAUGCUUGUAUAUUUUUCCGAGGAUUAAUUAAGAAAUCUAUGGAAAGUUUCUAUACUAAGGGAUAUGAUGAAUUUCAAAGACUUACUAAUGGUAUUCCAUAUUGAGACUUACAUUUACAUUUACAUUUACAUUUACAACUAACAAUUACAAUUAUGUAUUGUUGUUAUUAUUAGAAAGAUGUUAUUAUUAGAAAAUAUAUAUGUUAUUACUGUUAAUUAGCAGAGUAUACUUUAGUAGU